AUGUCCUCACAACAACCCCAAAACUACAACUACCAGAAGAAGAGCUCCUCGGGGCAUAAUCACCUCUCUAGUCGCUCUUCCCAUUCUGCUACGCCUCCUAAGACUUCUCUGCCACCUCCUACCUCUCCUGCUACACCCCCUUCCUCUUCCUCUUCCUCCCCUGCUUCUCACAUUCCCAACUCCUGGCUGCCUGCCUCCAUUCCGUCGACCACCUUGUCUGCGCCAGACAGUAACCACCAGCAGCAGGAUGCUGCCUUGCUCCAACAGCACAUAUCUUUACACUUCCCCGCACAAACCCCACUUCCCCGCAACUCUUUUCAACCCCACAAAUCGCCUACAUCUUCUACUCCAUUGCCGGGUCUCCGCUUAGAAACAUCAAACUUAAUCGUGGCGUCCACACGAUCUAGUCACACCGGGAGAUCGCGGUCGACGUCAUUCGUCGAUUCGUUGUCCCCCGCCUCCGCGACAUCCGCUUACUCACCAGGUGGCCUCGACUGCCUGGCUAGAAUGACUCCUCUCCCCUCUCCCAUAAUUACAAGCGACUCGCCAGGUCCAUGGAAUAAAUACAGGAGCCGUUCUCUCUCGCGACACCCCUCGCAGACGUCGCGAUCAAUGCCCAGGAGCAUCAAUGGAAGCGGAGAGUCAGCUCUUGUCACCUCGACAGGCGAGUCGCUCUCGACAGCGCUCGCAGCGCAGAACCAGAGGAAGAUAUACCAAGGCUUAGGCCCUACCCCGCCUGGUGCCGAGUUCACAUAUAGCAACAAUGUGUCCCGCAACGGCGGCGAGUACGACCCAACUUCGUCGUCUUUGGCAGUUCCGCAUGGGCGCAACCGAGACCUCUUUAGGACUGCAUUGAGCGGUGCGAAUGCAGGUGACGAGGGAGCAGUAGCAAAUCUUGACGCAGACGCAACUGGUGGAACGCGUCUGCGACGCGAGGACUUCUUGGCGCAGCGAAGGUGGACCAUUUCAUCGGCUGAAUCGAGCCCUGCACUGAGCGGAAGUGCGACAUCAUUAUCGUCCAUCUCCAGUGUAGAUACUGCGACAGACCCCGCAGAAGCCAAUGCCCGACUUAUUAAGAAGCAAAAGCUGGAAAGUUUUGAGGCAAAGACGGUGCCGGACAAAAAAGUACAGCGAUGGCGCGGAAUAAGGUUGUUGGGGCACGGCACUUUCAGCAGGGUCAUUCUGGCAACCUCCGAAGAAUUGCCCGAGGAGGUGGAUGAGGUCAACGAGGAUGAAGACGGGAUUACGAUAGAAAGAGAGCCUGUUUCGCUGGAUCCGAAAAAGCUUGUAGCUGUCAAGAUUGUUGAGCAUGGAGCUGCUGGGGGAGCUUCCAAGGAAAGAGUUGAAAGCUCAUUAAAACGGGAGCUGGAUAUCCUCAACAGUGUCAACCACCCAGCCCUGGUAAGGCUCAGAGCUUAUAGCAUAGAGCCUACCAGAGCUUUGUUGAUACUCCCAUACUGCCCCGGGGGGGAUUUGUUUGAUCUGGCCUCAGACACUUCGUUCACUAUGGAGGCCCCAUUGAUCAGACGGAUGGCCGCUGAGAUUGUCAGCGCCAUCCGAUAUCUCCAUAAAAACAACAUCGUUCAUCGCGAUGUCAAGUUAGAAAACGUCCUCAUCAACUUUUCGAGAUCACGGUUACGUGAAAUUGCCGACGACCCUUACGGAGAACGGUACCCGAUUACUACACUCACAGACGUCGGACUAUCCCGUAGGGUUGACUUCGAAAAUGAUGACUUACUGACCACCCGCUGUGGCAGCGACGACUAUGCCAGCCCGGAGUUGAUUAUGGCGCAGCCGUAUGAUGGGCGAAUGACAGACGCAUGGGCAUUGGGUGUCUUAUUGUUUGCCUUGAUGGAAGGUCGACUUCCUUUCGACCCGCUUCCAGGGUCUUCGGAGCAGAAGAUGAGAAGUAAGACGGCGCAUAGAAUCGCUAGGUGCGAGUGGAAGUGGGUUAAGCUGGCACCAAAAACGAUGGAAUUGCACGACUCUGGUGACUCGGGGAUUGUUCUAGACGGCCAUGGUCCUGGAUACGACGAAAGAAUGGAAGGGGGCAAGAGGAUCGUUGAAGGCUUAUUGAAGCGGGUGUCCAAGAGAUGGAAGUUGGAUGCUGUAGAGAACGAAGACUGGAUCAAGGGAGCAAUAACCGUGGAUCUGAAGGACUCCUGGGAGGAAGAGGAGUUAUAA